AUGAAACUAUCGAUGAUUACCAACCUGCCGAAUUGGGUGCCGGAUGAGGCCCCACGAAUGGGUGGAGAUGAGUAUGGGCAAUACGGAUCCUGCUCAGACGAUGUGAGCUACGAAGACGGACUUGACCGGCAUCCAUCGCGACUGAAACGAGUACGGCUGAAUGAGGACGACCAUCCCCGGGCGGAGCGGGAUGUUGGACACGAGGGAAGGAACGCUGGGUGGGAUAGGAGCUGGUCCCUCCUGCAGGCCAAUCAAGAUAAACCCAUCGCCCGAUUCUCCGCUGUCAACGAACAGGAGGAGCCCGAGGAAGAGGCGGAGGGAGAGAGUCCUUCGAAUAGCUUCCACUCUUCCUCCUCUUCCACCCUCACCCACUCCCAGCAUUCAUCUCCGCUCCAGCCAACCACACCUGACCACAGCCAACCUUUCCCUUCCUCAUGGUCGACCGAGCCAAGUGGAUGGUCGAAGCCGAUGGUGACGGAUGAGAUGGAAUUGCUAGCGGUGAUCGAGAAGCAGGCCGAGACCUACUCGAGCGGCCCGGGAAGCGACGCGCUCCUGACACACGCCCAGCAGGCCGCCAGUAUAUGGCCUACUCGCCAUCACCGUCCCCCAGACUCCAAUAUCCUCUCGCUCUCCUCCCAUCCCGCGGGCCAUCUAACCUCGGCAACACCCCCAGCCGUCCAAGAUAAACCCUUCAAAUGUAGCCUCUGUCCAAAGAGCUUCACCCGGAACUACGAUCUAACUCGACAUAAAUCUUCACAUAUCGACCAACGACAGCAUCGAUGCUCGAAGUGCGGCAGAUCAUUCAACAGAAGAGACGCCCUCAUCCGGCAUACUUUGGUCAAGAGCUGUGGCCACCAUCCGUGA